UCUUCACCGUGUCCUGACGAUGGCGGUCCCUAACACAGAAGAAAGUCCACUCAAGACAUCUGGAUUCUUUUCACGUCUGUUCUUCUGUUGGCUCGGCGACAUCUUCAGUAAGGGUUACCGAAGACGCCUUGAACCUGAAGACAUGUACAAGGUGUUGGAGGAGGACACCGCACUACAGGUUAGCCAGAAGCUUGACAGGAAAUGGAGACAAGAACUUGCCUGUCGAAAUGGAAAGCCAAGCCUUACCAGAGCUAUUGCGCGAUGCUUCAAAUCGUCUAUUCUACAACAUAGCCUUAUCAUUUCCAUUGAGGAAAUCGCGAAGGUUGUCCAGCCAGUGUUUCUCGGCCAACUUCUCAGCUUCUUUGACGUCACAUCGGGCAUUCCUGUGGCGCAUGCGUACUUGUACGCUGCUGGUGUUUGCGCAUGCGCUGUAAUUCAGGCGCUCACACAUCACCCUGCCUUCUUCCUCGCCUACCGCAUGGGCAUGCGCACAAGAGUCGGCUGUUCCUCUCUGAUAUACAGGAAGGCCUUCAUUUUCCCAGACUUCCUGUGGAUUGGUCCCCUCCAGACGGUGGCCAUCCUGUCCCUCCUCUGGCACGAAAUGGGACCGUCCUGCCUGGCUGGCCUCCUGUUCGUGCUCCUGACCAUCCCGAUACAGUCCUAUCUGGGGAAACGGCUGUCAACACUCAGAUCAGAGAUUGCACUGAAGACCGACAAACGAGUCAACCUGAUGCACGAAGUCAUCUCGGGCAUUCGCGCUGUAAAACUGUACACCUGGGAGGAGCUUUUUACCCACCAGAUUCAAGACAUCAGAGGGAAUGAAGUUAAGGACAUAAAGACCUCCUCUGCAUACCGCGCUUUCAACGCAGCCCUGUUCUACUGUUCAGCCAAGAUCAUCAUGUUCUUCACAUUCCUAACCUUCUCUCUGAUUGGUGGAGGCAUCACGUCGAGGACCGUGUUCGUGGCUGUGUCGUACUUCGACGUGUUACGGCUCUCGCUCACGUGGUACACCCCCCUAGCGGUGCAGUUCGGGUCAGAGGCGUUUGCAUCCGCAAAAAGGAUACAGGAGUUCCUCCUUCUUGAGGAAGACGACCCGGUCUUAACAGGAACCUCUCCCGUGUCUGAUCCGUGUGAAGGGUACAUUACUUUGCAAAAUGUGUCCGCCGCCUGGAAGAAAACG